ACUUCAUUUUUUUAUAUUACAUUAUAAACUUCCCAAAGCUAUUUUUCUAGUUAUUUUAAGUCAGUAAUUUGACUGAGUGUUGGAUUCCUGCACAAUGUUGUGAGUGGGAACCAUUGAUUGCAGUGUUUGUUCGAACGGGAUGCUUAUCUGUGUCUCUGUUCCUUUAAGGAGCGCGCGCGUCGCGUCAGAACGCGAGUGGACGCUGAUGAGGCAGGACGCUCCUUUUUUCCCCUCUCGUCUUCCAGCCAUUGUUGCUCCUCCCACACUGGAAUUCAUCAGUGAAGCUCCUCCCACAUCACUCCCAUCACCAGUGAAGCUCCUCCCACACUGGAAAGGAAACUAUAAGAUGGAAGAAAGUGUCCUGAUGGAAGUAAAGGAGGAGAGUGAAGAACUGAGUGAAGUAGAGGAGAAACAUCAUGCCAAACCUGGAGAAAAACCUCAGAGUCGCACAAAGACUAAAAAGACAUUUAGAAAGAAAAGAAGAGCCAAAAAAUCUAUAACCUGCACUCAGUGUGGAAAGAGUUUCUCAACCAAACAAUGUCUUGAGUAUCACAAGAGGAUCCACACUGGAGAGAAGCCCUUCAAGCGUGAUCAGUGUGGGAAGAGUUUCAAACAAUCAGGACAACUUAUACUACACCUGAGACUUUAUACUGGAGAGAAGCCGCAUGUAUGCCACCAAUGUAGGAAGAGUUUCACACGAUCAGAAGACCUUAAAUUACACUUGAGAAUCCACACUGGAGAGAAGCCGUUCACAUGUGAUCAGUGUGGGAAGAGCUUCAUAAAAUCAUCACGGCUUAAGAGACACAUGAAGAUCCACACUGGAGAGAAGCCGUUCACAUGUGAUCAGUGCGGGAAGAGCUUGACAACCAAAAGAAUUCUUGAGUAUCACAUGAGGAUCCACACUGGAGAGAAGCCAUUCACAUGUGAUCAGUGCGGGAAGAGCUUCAGAAAUUCAUCAUGCCUUAAGAGCCACAUGAAGAUCCACACGGGAGAGAGGCCGUUCACAUGUGAUCAGUGCGGGAAGAGCUUCAGAAAUUCAUCAGACCUUAAGAGCCACAUGAAGAUCCACACGGGAGAGAAGCCGUUCACAUGUGGCCAGUGUGGAAAGAGUUUCACAACCAAACAUAGUCUUGAGUAUCACAUGAGGAUCCACACCGGAGUGAGACCAUUCACAUGUGAUCACUGCAGCAGAACGUUUCUUGGGUCAUCACACCUGAAGAAACACCUGACAGUUCAUAUGAAGGAGAAGCCACAUUCAUGUUCUGUGUGUGGAAAGAGUUUUUCACUGCUGGAGAGUUUACGCAGACAUCAGAAAAUUCAUACUGGUGUGAGAGAGUACAUGUGCUUUGAGUGUGAGAAGACUUUUAAUAGAGGGAGUGAUUUAAAACAGCACCAGAGAAUUCACACUGGAGAAAAACCUUACAAGUGUUCACACUGUGACAAGAGAUUCAGUCUGUCAUCAUCUCUGAAAAAACAUGAGAGGAUCCACACUGGAGAGAAACCUUACAAGUGUUCACACUGUGACAAGAGAUUCAGUGUGUCAUCAUCUCUGAAAAAACAUGAGAGGAUCCACACUGGAGAAAAACCUUACAAGUGUUCACACUGUGACAAGAGAUUUAGUGAUUCAUCAUCUCUGAAAAAACAUGAGAGGAUCCACACUGGAGAAAAACCUCACAAGUGUUCACACUGUGACAAGAGAUUUAGUGAUUUAUCAUCUCUGAAAACACAUGAGAUGAUCCACACUGGAGAGAAACCUUACAAGUGUACAAACUGUGACAAGAGAUUCAGUCUGUCAUCAAAUCUGAAAACACAUGAGAGGAUCCACACUGGAGAGAAACCUUACAAGUGUUCACACUGUGACAUGAGAUUUAUUCAGUUAGUAUCUCUGCAAAGACAUGAGAGGAUCCACAUUGUAGAAAAAACGUACAAGUGUUCAAACUGUGACAAGAGAUUCAAUCAGUCAUCAUCUCUGAAAAAACAUGAGAGGAUCCACAGCGGAGGGAAGCCGUACACAUGUUAUCACUGUGGAAAGAGUUUUUAUAUUAAAAGUUACCUGAAGUCACACAUGAAGAUCCAUGCAGUGGAGAAACCACAUCACCACAGUCUGAGAUCACGAACUACCAGAAAGCAUUUGGAAGGACAGAGAGAUCCAGUGAUCCAGAACCUGCUGAAUGAAACAUCAUGAUACUGAAGAACAAAGAACUGUUUAUUCUUCAUUCCUCAUUCAUUCAUCACUGAAGAACAUGCUGAUGUUCACCAGAUUUACACUGUUUCAGGUCGAGACUAAAAAAACAACAGACUAAAGCACACAAAAAACAAAGUGAAUUGAUUAUUGAUUUGUUCUAUAACUCUUUUUUUUAUUGGCAUUUUAUAUAUAUUUGACACAAGAAAGGACUAAAUUGGAGGUGAAACACAAAUGUAUGGUGCAUGGAGAUAUAGUGCAUUCCUGUGAGACUUUCACAAUAGAAUAGAAUAGAAUAGAUUUCCUGAUAGAUUUUCCCAUUCCUGGGAAAUUUGUCUUGGACAUCAUGACACGAUCAGUACACAACUUCCAUCCCACACAACACAUAACAUACAUUUGUUAUAUAACUUUUAUUAUUAGGAAAUACAGUUUGUUUUCUUUUCCACAUCUGUGUCCACAGAAAAGUUAAUAUAAUCAGCUAUACUUUCAAUGUCCAUCUCAUGAAAGAGUUCCCAGUCUGUAGAAGUAAAGCAGCCCUUUAAAUACUGUCAUCAGAUCAAACAGAAACUGUCUUCAUCUUUUUAAAAGUGUUCUAUAAUCUGGAAUCAAGUGAAUCAUGUUUUGAUCACAGUUUGAUAAAGGAGGUUUAGACUUGGCAACAUAUGCAUUCUUCACAUUUUCAUAACAUUUAUCUAAAAUCUUAUUACCUCGAGUAUCAUUCUUGAUAUACUCUUCAUACCCCGGAAGACAUCAUGGUGGAGCCAGGUCUCUGUAAAGACCAUCAAGCAAGAGUCAGGAUACUCAUGGCAAAUCCUUGAGUUUAUGCGUAGCUCCUCUUUGUUCCUUAAAGCCCAUAUGUUGCUUAAAAUCGCACGUUCUGAUGACAUCCUUUGUUUAUUAUGUAGAACAAAAGUUUUGAAAAUUAAGUUCAUGAACAAUGUUUAGAGGACUUGAUGGAUGAGAUGGAUUUGGAAUUCCCCCAAAGUAAGUAUAAAAAGACUAAGGAGUGAAGCACCUCUGCAUUAAGCAUGAAGGACACCUGAUACGCUAUCGAUGGACGCUUAACAACAUCCCCAGUAUUGCUGAUUAAAGGAUUAUUAAGCUUUUUAGCUGAAGCUGAUUUUAAGUUUUAUUUUAUUUGACAUUAACACCUUUGUAUUGUAACCAAUAAAAUAAGUGUUACUAUUGC